AUGAAAAAAGAGACUGCAAAAGAGCACAAGCAAGCACCAAAAGGUGAAACAGCAGUAAAUCGAGCCCCAGUAAAAGCGAAGUCCCAGCAAAAGAGCAAAGCAAAGCACCAAAAAAGUAAAAUAUCAGAAAGGCAAGGCAGCAGCAAGCGAAGCACCACAGCAAGCAAUGCACCAAAAAGCAAAGUCCUAGCAAAAGAGCAAAUACUAGAAACCAGUACCAGUAAAAGCGAAGUUCUAGCAAAGCACCAAAAAAGCAAAGCAUCAUUUAAUAUCACCAGUGAAAACGAUAAUACAAGAGAAUUGAAAGCAUUAACAAACAACGACGCGUCACUUGCAGAAUGA